AUGUCUAGAAUUGUGAGAAAAUUGGUCAGCAACAAACACGCUACAAAGCUAGUAGCGCCAUAUAAUCUAGCUGUUGUUGCUGAUCGCACUGUCUAUGUAACCGGCUAUGUGGCCAUGGACAAAGACACUUUGCACCUGGUGUCAGGCGGCAUAGCGAAGCAAACAGAGAUGGCUUUGAAGAACUUGAUAGCCGUACUAUCCAGUACGGCUGCCGCUUCUGGCGCUGAAAAAGUAGUCAAAAAUAUAAUAUACGUAAAGGAUAGGAAAGACGUUGGUGCAAUCAACGAGUCCUACAAGAAAGUAUUCUCCAAAAAUUUCCUCGCAUGUGCCUGUAUUCAAGCAUCCCAUCUGCCUCUGAAUGCAUUGAGAGCAUCGUUUUAA